AUGCAGAACGAGCCCAGUGAAUUCUGUUCGCAAUCGUGCUGGCUCAAGUUCGCCCAUGUGCCUCGUCUGUGGGAUAUGGAUUGCGACGUACAUGCUGUGCGAUUGUUGAGCAGAUACUUCGACGAGACAUGGGAACGUUCCAUGCACUCAGGUCGCCCGGAAGUACGGAAGGUGUACAUGCUGGCCACGUCCGUGAGCGCGGACGAGUCUUAUUGGAUGUAUCGCGAUUAUCUGGAGUCGCGCAGCGGCUUUCAGAACGCAGGUAUGGCCAUGGGGAAUGAGGUGUAUCGAUGGCAUGGGACCAGGCGUGCGUGCAAUCUCGGUGACAGUUACAAUCACGAGAAUCUGUGUGCUCAGCCUACAUGCUCGCUGUGUAACAUCAUACGCAACUCCUUCGACCUGGGGUUCGCCAAUUCGAAGAACGGUUGGGGAAGGCUCGGUCGGGGUAUCUACUCGACCGCCACUUCUUCUAAGGCUGAUCAAUACUCGAGCAAUGCGUGCGCCUCACGCUUCAAAGCGCUCAUAUUGUGUAAAGUCGCCGCCGGAAAUAUGGCCAAAUGCGUCACGGAUGCACCCACGGCCACUCGUCCCCCGCAUGGCUUCGACUCGAUCCUUGCCGAGCCGGAUGGUUUCGUGGAAGACGACGAGCUCGUCGUGUAUCGGAACGAUGCCAUCAAGCCCGCGUAUCUCGUUAUAUACGAACCCGUCCCGUAG